GUUUAUGGUUUUUAUGUCUACGCUUCGAUCUGAGAAGUUCUUUUGCGGCGCAAAAACUGGAUUUUAUUUAGAUAAUAGAAUUGCAUCAAGAACUUUUUCGUCAAAUACAUCUCAGUUAAGGUAAGGGCUUAAGUUAACCCUACGGAAAUACUGGAAAGUGAUUAUUUAUUAUGUUCAUAUUUCCUUCUAUAUCACAGCCAUGUUGAAGUAGUGUUGAAUUUCUAAGUUUUCUUCAGUAUAACGUUGUAAGAAAGUUAAAAGUUGUUCACAAAUAUAUGUGACAGACCCAAGUUUAGUUUGUGUUGUGAUUAAAAAAGUUGAAAGUCUUUACAAUAUGAAAAGUGUUAUAAAGUGCCAACGAUUCUUGCGCCGAGGCGUCAUCUUUAAGGGAUGGAUUCUGAAGACUCUCGUGAUGGUAAUGGUGAUGCCCAUUCAUCAUCAAGUAGUAGCAGUUCCAGUUCCAGAAGCCAUAGAAGUUCAUCAUCAGAUAGGAGCGAAGGUUCUAAAAAAAAUGCAAAGUCACCUCCAAGAUCUCCCCCAUCUCCUAGGUCUGGCCCAAGAUCACCCUCCCUUGAAAGUCGCUCCCAAUCUCCACCUGUACGGUCACCGUCAUCUGGUAAAGGCCCUCGGUCACCAGAUAAUUUAAGUGGUGCUCAUUCAGAUAUAAAUUCCCCUGAAAAUUCAAUGCCUCCAUCACCUGCAGGACCAAAAUCCCCUGAUCCACCUAAAUCACCAAGUGAUGUUGGUUCAAAUAUAGGUUCUCCUGAAAGACCUGAACAGUAUUCUUCAGCACCUUCAGCUGGUGAAGGUCCUAAAACUCCUCAAAGUCCAAGUAGUUCUGCUAGAUCACCAGGUGGUUCACCAAGGUCUCGUCCAAUUUCACCUGAUUCAGUAUCACAGCCAGCAUCUCCAAUGACAAGGAAUCCUGAUGUACGGUCUCCGUCCUCGAGUCCAUCACCAGAUCGUAAGUCAUUACAAUCUUCACCAGCACGGUCACCUAUAAAACAAAAUGUUUGGGAUGAUGGGAGUCCAAAAGGAAAAUGGAGGAGACAUACAAAAGCUGAACAAAAAAUGGUUCCACUCACAAGAAAUCGUAGUAGAUCAGAUUCAAGUCAGUCAAGCAGGAGUUCAACAUAUAAUAAAAGGACCAGUGUUAAGGAUCCAGCUACUGAAGAAAUUUCUGAUGGUGAAAUGGAAUCUGAUCAAGAUGACAGAAAGUCAAGAAGUAAAUCCACUACUAGUGAUAAACAACAUGGAAAGGAUCUCAACAUAAGUCAUGAAGAUUUAUCUGAUGUAUCUGAUUUAGAUUCCAUGGGACCAGAAGAAACAGAUAAGGAAACAAAACCCAAAUCACCACCUGCUUCUCCAGAAAAUAAACCACAAGUCAGUGUUAAUGGCAACAAUAAUGAAAGUUCACAUUCAUCUCCAAAAUCUGACCAUGGAAAAAUAGAUACACCGAAAUUAGAAAAAGUGCCACAAGAAAAAACUAGUAAUACUGAAGAUGGGGAAGAGCAAUUAGAUUUUGAGGCUGAAGAAGGAGAAUGCAUAGAGCCUAAGUCUGUGGAACAACAGAAUGGUGAUUUGGAUACAAAAGGAGUUGAAAAAGAAGAAGUGAAAGCUGGUCGGCGGUCGCGCGGUUCUUCGCUCGAGGAGGGCGAGGUGUCUGACGAGGCUGAACGACGCCCCGAGGAGACCGAGCCCCGUCCCGUAUGCAGAUUCUUCUCUCGCGGCGCCUGUAUGUGGGGCGUUAAUUGCAGAUUUCUCCAUCCAGGCGUGACUGAUAAGGGUAACUACAACAUGUUUGACGUUGUACGGGGUGUGCCUGCCGGCGCGCCUUAUGCCGCGCCCCCACGAGACGUGGCGCCGCCCGAGUCUGCUUGGGAGCGCGGGUUGCGGACCGCCAAAGAGAUGUUGCGGAUAGCGAACAAACGUAAAGAACAGGACAUGGACUUCGAAGAGAAGAAGCUGCAUCUGUCGGUGGGUGGUGUAGUGCACGACCCGGAUGCGGAGCUAGCGUACGCGGCUGCGGCCGUCGGUGCUUCGCCGCCGCCGCCGCACCAUGACCUGCCACCCGCGAUGCACCGCGACCAAGACCUCUUUCGGCCGUACGGCAGCAUGUACCACGGUCGGUUCCCGCGUGGUGCGAUGGACGAACGGGAGCGGUACUACGAGCGCGAGCGAGGUUACGUUCGCGAGCGCGUCGGCUACGACCGCCCUCCACAUUAUGACGAUCGGGUCCCGAUGCCGGACGACGUCGCUUAUCAUAAGCAGAGACGCGUCCGAUCGUCGCGGGAGGUGAUAGUGCAGCGCGCAGAAGUAGAGCGCCGGUCGCCGCGCGAGGGCCGCGAGGGCCGCGAGGUGCGCGAGGGCAGGGAGGGCCGCGAGGGCCGCGAGGGGCGCGGGGCCCGCGGCGACGAGUGGGCCGACCCUUGGAUGCGUGCCGAGCCCGCCGCCCGCAGGCGUCGCCCGCCCUCCUCCGAUGACUCGUACUCCUCUUCUAGCUCUUCAAAUUCCAGUUCGCGGAGUUCGCGAUCCCAUACGGCACGUCGUAAGAGGCGGGCGUCUUCUUCGUCGAGACAAAGGUUGUCACCAUCGGUGAUAGUCCGCGAGCGACGCAUGGCAUCUGCUCGCGCUACCGCCAUGAACCCUCCGGCGCCGAGGAGGCGAGCUCCCUCACCUGCCGCCACGCGACAGCUCGCUGCAAACCCGCCGCCGCCUGCUUCGCAUAGACACAAGGACGAAUUGGAUCCAUAUGGGCGCAGCAAAGCAUCCAGUCGCAACAGAGACCGAAAAAAAUAUUCGAGAUCAUCAUCAUCUGGUUCAGAAUCGUCAUCAUCAUCAAGCGAGUCAGAGAGCGAGUCACAUUCAUCAUCCUCUUCGGGUAGCUCGGGUGCUCGGCGUGCAAGACACGCGAGGCUCCUCAACGCUGCCGCGAGGCCUAGGUUAAAUACAAAGUCGAGUGCUGGUUUAGCAGUUGCAGUGUCGACCAUGGCAAAUAAAAAGGAAGCGCCAAGUGAGAAAGAAUUGAUCGGAAAAAAACGUGCAGCAGCGUCCCCACCGAAUGCAACGGCAGCUAAAAAAUCUGUCUCAAGAAGAGAAGAACUUUUAAAACAACUGAAGGCUGUCGAAGAUGCUAUAGCUAGGAAGAGAUCAAAGAUAUAACUGAUAUCAUUGAAAUGAUAUGGAAUUUUGUAGCUUGUGUAUAGUUCAAUAAAUAGCCGGGCCCAGCUUUAAUUGCAGCGACAGAUUGUAACGUUACGGGUUUGUCGUCGUGACUUAUUUUAGGCCUAUCUCGUAAUUCAUGUUGUGUAGGAACAUUGUAAUUUGUUGAGGUCGUACAAAUAAGCAUUUAAGAUAUUUGUGAUGUAUGUAUAUAGUCCGUUAUAAAUCAUGCAUUGUCUCUGAUCUGAAGUUAUAAUUCUCUUGACUUGGCAUUUUUACGAUAUGUAAUUUAUUUCUUCUUUUUAAUCUAGUUAUAUGUAUACGAAAGAGAAAAAAGAAAAAUUUUGACUGAGAGUUAAAGUGGAUAUUUUCGUAUUAUUUGAUCAUCACAAAACGAAACCCAUGUUAGUAGGUUCUUAGUAAUAUCAGUGUAAGAAACAACAAUAAAAUGAAUACAAGAUUUUAUAAAAAUA